CCGUCCUCCUCCUCCUCCUCCUCCUCUGGCGCUACUUUCUCCCCUGCUCCUCGUCCUCCCCUCCCCUUGGCUCCAAGUUGUCCCUUGGCUCCACGUUGUCCCAGCGAGUUCUGGCUCGAGCAAGCCCCGCGUCCGUCGCCUGGAGGGGGGGCAUGCUGCUCACCGGGGCCUCCGCAGCCGCAUGGGCUCCGCGGUGUGCGGGCAGACCUCGCGGUGCUUCUGUUGGAACGACGACCAGGACCAGCGUGCGCUGCAGCCGAAGGCGAGGGCCGACCGACGCCGCCAGGCGCUCGAGUCGGCCGAGGCCAGCGAGGAGGACCGCUGGCCGGGCAAGGAGCUCCGCCCGGCGGCGCCCGCGCGCGGCCGCCGCCGUCGGCGUCGCACGCCCGAGGCAACGGCCUGCUCGAGGAGGGCGAGCUCGUCGCGCUCAACGAGAAGAUCGCGGUGCUCCACCACGGCCCAGGCACGGACACCACGGAGGUGCGCGAGAAGUACGAGGCGCUCUUCCGCGAGCGCCUCGACCCCGACGGCAAGCCGGUGGGUUUCGACGUCUUCCACGGCUACGCGUCCGAGGUGCUGGAGAGCCUGGACCCGGACCCAGAGGCGCAGGAGAUGAUAUUGGAGCAGUUCGUGGCGGAGGCGAAGUCCGCCCGCCACUUGUUCCACGCCCCCGACAUGGCGACCAAGGAGCAGCUGCGGCAGGAGCAGCAGCGUCAGCUCGCCGCGGCGCUGCUGCGGCGGCCGCUGCGGCCCCUCCACGGCGGGCUCCUGCCGGCCGCCCAGCCGCCGCGGGGCCCCGCGCCGGCCGCGAGCAGCCGCGGCUCGUCCUUCGGCACGCAGACGGCGCGGCCGCAGGCGCUCUUCGGGCUGAUCGCCGCGCACCCCGCGCCGUACCCGCUCCGGCCUCCCAGCCCCGCGCCGCAGUGCCUGGCGGCGCACCACCCGGGCUGCAGCGGGCUGGUGCAGGGCAGGCCAGUGGCGGCCCCGCAGAG